GUGUUUCAUCAUUAAGAAACCUAAUUCCUGCUUAAUUAAAAUAAAGCACUCAAUUUACUAGUCAUCUUGAUAAAGUGGGAGCAGAUUGAAUAUCUUCCUUCCAGGCUUUGAUUCUGUUAUACCAUAUACUGCACCACGCCAAUCAUCUUGUUUUGUGUAUAGAAUUUGCGGAGAUCAGAUUGCUCAUAACAUAAGCAUGGCGGCUAAGCAGCAAGAACCGCGACUUUCGUUGAAGCUGUUGAUAGAUGAGGAGAGGAAUCGAGUAGUUGCCGCGGAAGCGCACAAGGAGUUUGUGGAAAUACUUUUCAGCUUCCUCACCCUCCCCAUGGGAACGGUAAUCAGGGUCACCAGCAGUGGAGGCACAAAAAACGCUGUAAAAAUCGGGUGUAUGAAUAAUCUGUGCCGUGUUGUUGAAAAACUGAGCAAUGAAAAUUGGGAGACAGAGAACUGCAAGAGCAUGGUGCUGCAUCCACGAAAUCCACUAGGGAACUACUGCCAGAAGUUGAAAGUGAACAUCGAUGAUUCUUGGUCCAAUACGAAGUACCGUUGUUCUUGGUGCUGUUCUAGGAUGAGCUGGUACCCAAAUGUAAGCUGCACAUGUGGAGGGAAGACCUCGAACCAUAAAAUUACGUAUGGGGUAAAUAAUGAGGGUGCGUUUUUGCAGAAGGGGAGGACAAUGUUCAUAAUCAGUGACGAUUUACAAAUCAGACCUGCUUGUCCAAGCGUUCUAGCUCGACUUCUAUCCAAUCUGGGUUUAAGUGAAAUGGAUGGAAUCCGGGAGAUGCUGAUAGAAGUUAGCAAGGAGCAGGUAAUCUCUCUGCUUGCUCGUUCACUGGUUUCAGAAUCUCCUUUGAGUGAUGUGUUUCUGCCUAACCCUACAAAACAUGAGACAAAAUUGCCUGAGAGGACAUUGCAGACAACUGAACAAAAUGAGCCCCCCGCCCCUACCCCCACCCCCACCCCCACCCCCACUCUGAAUCUUCAAGUAACAUUAAACAAGUCAACAAACAAGUUAUUGUUUGCUAAGGCCACUAAUGAGUUCUUUGAUUUCCUUUGUACCUUUCUUACCAUUCCUGUUGGAUCAAUCAUACAUGUUUUGAAAAGAAACUUGGGGGGGUUUGGAGGAUGCAUAUACAACUUGUACACGAGUGUAGAGGAGUUGGAAGAUAAAUGGUUUGGUUCUUGCCUUAAGUCUGCUAUUCUCAAUCCUCAGAUUGCGCAAUAUCAUAACUGCAAGAAGCAGCCUCUUAAAUUGGAUGAACUAAUAGAGAGCAAACUUCUGCUUGACCCUAGGCCUAACCAGAAUUUUGCGGGGGAACCUUUGUUAUUCAUAGUUUUAGACAAUUUGGAUGUGAAGCCUUUGUCUUCUGCAUCAAGUUCCCUCAUAUUGAGGGAACUAAAAGUGCCUUUCAGAGAUGUUGAAGAUCAAGUGAUCACCGUUGGCAUGAAUGAGGCAUUGAGCUUACUGAAGGCUGCUCUUACAUCGCCAUCAUCAGCUCUAACAAAUGGCCUAGCCUCCUUUUUGCAGAAGAAGAAGAAGAAGCAGGAAGCAUAAUAGCAGAUACUAUGAAAAUCGCAUUGAGCUUACUGAAGGCAGCUCUUACAUCGCCAUCAUCAGCUCUCACCAAUGGCUUAAGCACCUUCUUGAAGAAGCAGGAAGAUCUUGAGUAUGAGUUUUAUGAUGAAUUUUGUCCUUGAUCUCAACUCUCGAUGUAGCAGUGUCCGUUUGCUUUACGUUGUUGUUUGAAGACGUGUUUUUUGGAGUCCUGGAAUUAAUUGUAUUGUCCUUGGUUUGGUUUUGGCUAA